GACUCGCAGCACCGCCUCCUGUUUAGACAGGCACGGCCCGGGUCGCUGUUCCCCGCUUUCUUGCUGGUUGCGGGAGGUACUAGCUGGAGACGCGCGCUCUCGCCGCUCUGUCCUGGGCCACCUGGUGACCCUAGACUACCUCCAGAGCCGAUUUUCUCUGGCUGGCAUAACUCCCCAGGGCGCUCCGGUCCGUUACACAGCGCCCCAAGGGGGUGUCCCAGUAAGUGAUGGAACUGGCUACUGUGAACCUCAGUGAAGGGAAUGGGAGCGACCCAGAGCCUCCAGCCCCGGAGGAGUCCAGGCCAUUCUUCGGCAUCGGCGUGGAGAACUUCAUCACGCUGGUGGUGUUUGGCCUGAUUUUCGCGAUGGGCGUGCUGGGCAACAGCCUGGUGAUCACCGUGCUGGCGCGCAGCAAGCCGGGCAAGCCGCGCAGCACCACCAACCUGUUCAUCCUCAACCUGAGCAUCGCAGACCUGGCCUACCUACUCUUCUGCAUCCCUUUCCAGGCCACCGUGUACGCACUGCCCACCUGGGUGCUGGGCGCCUUCAUCUGCAAGUUUACACACUACUUCUUCACCGUGUCCAUGCUCGUGAGCAUCUUCACCCUGGCCGCGAUGUCUGUGGAUCGCUACGUGGCCAUUGUGCAUUCGCGGCGCUCCUCCUCCCUCAGGGUGUCCCGCAACGCGCUGCUGGGCGUGGGCUUCAUCUGGGCGCUGUCCAUCGCCAUGGCCUCGCCGGUGGCCUACCACCAGCGCCUUUUCCACCGGGACAGCAACCAGACCUUCUGCUGGGAGCAGUGGCCCAACCAGCUCCACAAGAAGGCUUAUGUGGUGUGCACUUUCGUCUUUGGCUACCUUCUGCCCUUACUGCUCAUCUGCUUUUGCUAUGCCAAGGUCCUUAAUCAUCUGCAUAAAAAGCUGAAGAACAUGUCAAAAAAGUCAGAGGCAUCCAAGAAAAAGACUGCACAGACUAUCCUGGUGGUCGUUGUGGUGUUUGGCAUAUCCUGGCUGCCCCAUCACGUCAUCCACCUCUGGGCUGAGUUUGGAGCAUUCCCGCUGACCCCAGCUUCCUUCUUCUUCAGAAUCACUGCCCAUUGCCUGGCAUACAGCAACUCCUCAGUGAACCCCAUCAUAUACGCCUUUCUCUCAGAAAACUUCCGGAAGGCAUACAAGCAAGUGUUCAAGUGCCACGUUUUCAAUGAAUCACCGCACAAUGAUGCUAAGGAAAACAAGAGCCGAGUAGAUACCCCACCAUCCACCAACUGCACCCAUGUGUGAAGGUUUGCCGGAGCCUCCUGUCCUCGGGCUAGAUAGAGGAGGACGGAGUGAAUUAUCAAGUAACACGGCAGCUCAUUCACCUGACAGCAAUUCCUGUUGUUCUAACUACAUGCCACAGUGAUGAAAAGUACUUCGAUUGUUCAGGGAACUCCUGGGCCUACUGAAGAUAAUUUUCUGAUUUCAUUUCACUUUAUAAUUGUACGUGUGAAACAAAAGAAACGUCUGUCUAGUUUCUAUCUCUCAAGGAAUAAAAGUCUGAUAGCACUCUGCAAAUGUGUUCUGAUCUCCACGGUAUAGAGCAGGCUCUGAAAAGUCAUGAAGACUAUUUGAAAUCCACAUUUUAAGGCCAGUUAAUAUAGGGAAGACAUUCUUUUUUUCUUUUUUAAUUUUGAGAGGAGAGGUGGUAGUCUAGACUGUGGUUUGAACUACAACUGUGGGCACAGAAUAGUGAAUUUUAUUUUAUUGAAUCUUUGUGGACUGGCACCUCAUGUGAGUUGGGGGAGGCCUUUUCAAAGUUGUCCCCAUGGGUGCCCAGAGGUCUGCCUGGGAAUGUGAGAUGCAUCGAUUUCAUCUCGGGAGAUCAGCCGUGACUCUACUUUGAAACAAUCCUGUGAAUUGGGAGUUUAGGGAGAACUAAGCAAGUUCAGGGAGUCUGCCAGGACUGUUGCAAACCUAGUGUUGGAGUUUUAAGGAUGUUUUUGCCAAAUGUAUUAGCUGUGCCUCCAAAGAACCCAGGAAGCCAGUCAGCUAAUAAUUUCUUUGGGGUUGAAAACUAGACAAAACUUAGCCACAUGGUUGAUAUCCACGUCACAUGGAGAAAGCAGGAGAGACGUUUGAUUCAGAAUGAAUAAAGACCUAAGUGUCCUGUAGGAGAAUUGAUACACAAAGAGACAUGCUGCCUC